AGGUGGGUUUGUAUCUUUCUUAUCAAGUUUCCUGUGUUUUUCUAUUCUUUUUUCUUAGGUCUUAAACGCUCCAAUGGUAACGCUGUCAGGUCCCCAUGAUUGGGAGUUGGGUCACACGAGCUAGUACUGAGAGUGGUUCAAAUUUUCACCUUAAUAAUUGUUUAAACUACGUGUUUUUUGUUUUUGUUUUUGUAUUUUUUUUUUUAAAAUAAGGAAAACUCCCAAAGUGGUUCAAGGCCCAACCUCCUUGAACGUGGAAACCAGUGUUGUAGGAAAAGUGAAAACAACUGCGGUACCUUAAAAAAAAAAAGAAAAAGAAAAAAAAAAAACCAGUGGCUUCUUAUAAGUUAUAACCUUCAUUUUUUUUUUUCUCCCCACUCCCAAAUCCCAAUCGUUUAAAUACCCACAUCCUUGUUAUUCUCCUACCUCCAAUACACAUCUACCUGUCUCCUUUCCCUUCUUUCUUGCUAUCUUUCUUUCUUAUUAGCGAAAAUGCGUAUGAGUUGUAAUGGUUGUAGAGUCCUACGCAAAGGGUGCAGUGAGAAUUGCAGUAUUAGGCCAUGUUUGCAAUGGAUCAAAAGCCCUGAAUCCCAAGCCAACGCUACUGUCUUCCUAGCCAAAUUCUACGGCCGCGCCGGACUCAUGAAUCUCAUCAACGCUGGCCCCGAACACCUCCGCCCUGCAAUAUUCAGGUCGUUGCUAUAUGAGGCAUGCGGGAGGAUAGUGAACCCGAUAUAUGGGUCAGUGGGGCUGUUAUGGUCGGGAAGCUGGCAGCUAUGUCAAGCCGCAGUGGAAGCUGUGCUAAAAGGCUCGCCGAUCACUCCUAUUACAUCGGAAGCAGCAGUGACAGACCAUGGUCCGCCGUUAAAAGCCUACGACAUUCGCCACGUGUCCAAGGAUGAGAACUCAGCCGCGUCCAACGAUCCGAUCCGAGUCAAGACAAGGUGCCGGUUCAAAAGGUCCGUAGUCAAGCCCAAAGCAUGCAAAGCCGGCUUAAACAUGGAAAACAGCUCGGCGGCGCCUCGAGAAAUCAAGCCGAGUAGUGGGUCUUCGACGAGCCACGAGUCCUCGCUUAGCCACCAAUCGGCUUUUGCGCCGGUCGAGGGCGAGAGCAAAGAGACUGAGAGCAUGGUAUCUGUGGAAACGGCUGAACCGGAGUCGAUCCCUAAACCGCAGCCGGCUCAAGAAAGCGAGUUAGCCUUGGAGCUGACGCUGGGAUUCGAGCCCAUGACGUCACGAUUGAAUCGUGUGGUUCCGGUGAAGAAGAGAAAGGUUUGUGUUGUUAGUGAUAGCAGCGGCUCGGCUGAUAUAGUCGGCGCAUGUAAGAUGGAGCUGGGUCUUGAUUAUCCAGCUUAAGAGUGAAGCCCAAGUUAAAGGAAAAAAAAGAAAAAAAACCAAAAAAGAAGAAGAAGUCAGGCAGUCCAGUUUUGACGGCUCAGAUCGGCUUUGUCUAGUUCCAUAGAAGAGAUCAUGACCCUUCUUUUUUGUUGUUACUUUUUGCAUGUACUCUUUUUUUUUAUUUUUUUUUUGUUAGGUCUUUCUUGUUUUACCCUUGGUGAUGAGGUGUAAAAAUGUGGGUGCAAAUAUAGGGAGAGGAACAAACAAAUCUUUGUUUUUUUAAAAAUCAAAAUCUUUGCUGAGAUAGGAUUUGGGAUUUGUAGGAUCUUUUCUAUAGCUUGUGAAUUGUGACCAAAUCUUAAACAAUGAUGCGGAUUGAUGAA